UGUAACGAGUAACGACUACAGAGUAUGACUGAGUCAAUCGUGGUCUAAAAUAGAAAGGGAGGCAGGCAGCGCCGCCCUCUCCAGCCCGCGGCAGCUUCACGUCAGGCAGCGGCUCACUCAGGAAAUUCAAACACACAGAGCCGUCCACUACACAGACACACGCAUCUCUCUGCUCCAAGGUCACCGAGCCGGCAGCCUGCACCGGGACACACACACACCUCCAUUCCCCCCCGAAAGUGAAUAGUCAGCGUUGAGGUGGGCCAGUGAUGCCGCCCCCGGCCGCAAACCCGCCCGCCGUGCCCCCACCAGACGGCGGUUGGGGGUGGGCUGUGGUGCUUGCAUCUUUCAUCUCCAUAGGCUUCUCGUACGCGUUCCCCAAGGCCACCACAGUCUUCUUCAAAGACAUCCAGCUCAUCUUCGAUGCCUCCUACAGUCAGAUCGCAUGGAUUUCCUCCAUCAUGCUUGCGGUCAUGUAUGCUGCAGGUCCCAUCAGCAGUGUACUGGUCAACACAUAUGGCUGUAGGCCCAUCGUCAUGAUGGGUGGCUGCCUCUGUGCCACUGGCAUGAUCUUAGCUUCCUUCUGCACCAGUGUGGUGCAGCUUUACCUCUGCAUAGGAGUUAUCGGUGGACUUGGACUAGCCUUCAACCUGCAGCCAGCGCUGACUAUGAUAGGAAAAUACUUCUAUAAAAAACGACCCAUUGCUAACGGGCUGGCAAUGGCUGGCAGUCCAGUGUUCCUCAGCACCUUGGCUCCUCUUAACCAGUACCUCAUCAACCAGUUCGGCUGGAGAGGCAGCUUCCUCAUCCUGGGUGGCCUGCUACUUAACUGCUGUGUGGCUGGUUCCCUCAUGAGGCCUCUGGUACCACCACCCAGUAAGCUCAAGAAGGAUGAAGAGUUAGCCGUUGUUGCCACCACAACAAAAGAGAAGCACACUACCUGGCAAACAAUCAACAAGUACCUGGACUUAACACUCUUCAAGCAUCGUGGCUUUCUCAUUUACCUUUCAGGUAAUGUCAUCAUGUUCCUGGGUUUCUUCGCACCUAUUGUCUUCCUUGCAGCCUACGCUAAAGACAUAGGUGUGGAUGAGUACUCGGCUGCCUUCCUGCUCUCAAUUCUGGCUUUUGUCGACAUGGUUGCCAGGCCCACCAUGGGGCUACUCGCCAACUCACGGUGGAUCCGGCCCAGAAUCCAGUACUUCUUCAGCUUUGCUGUGCUGUACAAUGGGGUGUGCCACAUACUCUGCCCACUGGCGGAGGGCUACACUGGUCUGGUGGUGUAUUCAAUGUUCUUCGGCUUUGCCUUCGGCAUGGUCAGCUCAGUGCUGUUUGAAACACUGAUGGACCUGGUUGGGGCUCAGAGGUUCUCCAGUGCUGUAGGACUCACCACCAUUGUGGAGUGCUGCCCGGUACUCAUUGGUCCACCUCUAGCAGGGAAAUUGGUCGAUCUCACAAAGAACUACAAGUACAUGUAUUUUUGCUGCGGAGCUGUCGUCAUUUUUGCCAGUAUUUGGCUCUUCAUUGGAAACUUCAUUAACUACAGACUUUUGGAGCGUGAGCGCAAGAGUGCAGAGAUGUACAAACGGACUGAGACGGAAGAUCCGGACCAAGCUCGGGAUCAGAAGGAGACUGAUGGGGAAGCCCAGGCUUCGCAGGAGCUGGUCGACAAAAGUGAAAAGGGUGAGGAACCUAUGCAGCGGGAAACCAACAUCUAGAUCCUUCUGCUCUGCCAAUAGCUCACCCUCAACUCCGCGUCAGCCCUGCAACACCCUUUGUCACGAUCAAACUGAGCUCCAAGCCAAGAGGUGCCUCUCGGUGUUCCAACAGGCUCUAUUCGGGGUCCUCCACACUUCUGUAAAACUAACUGCCAAAGCAACAACUGUGUUGUAGCAGGCUGUGAGGCAUAGUAUCUGUUUGUCAAAGAGCAUCAGCUGUGACUAUAACAGAAAUAUUAACCACAGAGAAAAGUGUAAGAUAUUGUAUGCAUAUGAGGAGACAAAAUUUCAGAAAAUGGCACGGAAAACAAUGUAGUACUAACUGUAUUUCUUUUUUUGCCACGUUCACCUCAUAUCGGAUUUACUGUAAACAAAAGACUGUAGCUGGGGGGAAAAGUACAUUUAUAGCAAACACCUAGCUGCAAUCAGGAUGUAGGAUUAUAUUAUAUGGAGGAACAUCUAAAUUGUGGUAUCAACUGAGAACUACCAUUAGCAGCAAAUCCACAGAUGUUGGCAAAAAAAUAGAAAAUAAGUUAAAUUUGCAGACAAUCAACGCUGCUGAAGAUAAGUAUUAUCUACUUCCGUUUGUUAAUGGUUUAUUUGAAUUAUCUCCAUUUGUCUCAACAAAUUCAAAUAUUCCAAGCUGCAGCAACAAGCGUCAUUCUCUUCUUCUACUAUGUCUUCCGAUAUGACGUGAAUGCAGCAUCAGCGUGUUGCCACUGUUCCAGAAACACCAGCAAACUAAAUCCAUAUUCAAAACUAACUCUGUCCUCUUCAUAACACACUGAAGUCUUGGUAAACAAGCAAAGGUUAAGUUAACAAGAGAAAGUAGUGGGGGCUGCCCAUUACUCUGAUGGCUCAAAAUUCCAAAGCCCUGUUUGUCAAAAAAAUGUCCCAUUGGACCAAAAGUCCAUUUCUCUGACAGCCUGAUGUCCCAAAAACAAACAUGCGUUGCUCAAAAGUCCAGGUUCUCAGAAAAUACAUACUCCCUGCAGUUAGACGCAGCCACCAGAAAUUGUUUUUCUCAUUGUACGUUUCUGUAAAACAUGGAUACAUAAAAUUUGUUAACAAUGCUGUGGUUAACGUGGUUUUAGG